ACUGCUGGAAAGUGGGGUGUGGGAAAAUUGCUGCUACUCUAACUGAUUGCAUACAAUUGGGCACACCAAGCUGAUGCAGCCAGCCGGAAAGGGAAAGAGAACGAGAGACAUCACAACGUCACCAUCAGCAGCAUUACGAGACGAUUAGCGUUGGCAGCUUUUUUGGGGGAAGAGCACAAAAUCAGUGCCAGAAGAAACUUUUUUGAAGGGGUUCGCGGCCGAAAAAAAGUGAACGUCGAAUUUAUUGUGCAAACAGUCGGCAAUAAUUCUUUUUUGGUGUUAGUGAUGAUUACAGAGGAAAGUAGCAGCGUAAAGUGAAGAACGAAUAAAAGUGGUUUGAAAGGACUCUUUGACGAGCAGAAAAAAAGAACGGAAAAGUUUUAUAAAAGUUUACGAUCAGGUGUGUUUCUUUGGAGUGUUGUACAGUUCGUGAAAGACAUCGAGCUAAAAAUGCUUUCAACGGGGUGGGUUAAAAAGACACUGCUGCUGGCCACGUUCCUCGGACUGGACGUAAUCCACUGCCAGCAGAGAACCACCGGCACCGACCAGGGGCAUCUCUUCCGACCGGCAUCAUCCGAGGCAGACUCGACCGCACAGACGCACGGUGCGGCCAUAGAACCGAGUGUCCGCGCCGAGGGAGGAAGAGCGUUGCGGAGCAGCUUUUAUCCUGGCGCCCAGAGUGAACGAAUUUUCGACCUGGGCAUGUUUGGCAAACCGUACUACGGUGGAAAUAGGGGCUACUACCCUCAGGGAGGCGGCGCCGGAUACUAUCCCCAGGGCGGGUACUACGGCGCCGGGGGAUAUUACCCUAGUACCGGUGGCUACCCAGGAUCAUCGGGCUAUUAUCCGGGCACGAACUCACUCGGAGGAUAUCCGGGCUACGGAGGGGGUGGCUACGGUGGCAGUUACGGAGGCGGUUACGGUGGUUACGGCGGAUUUGGAGGUAACGGAGGGCUGCAAUCCUACCUGGGGUACAGUGGUGGCAAUUACUACGGUAAUCGCAACAUAGGCUACGGCUACUACUCCGGCACAAAUCCGGCCGGAUUUACGAGCACCAGCCUGGUUAGCGGAUAUCGGGGUUACAAUUGACCGCCACCUACGUCCAGCUUGAAUCAAGUGCUUAUACGUGUGCUUUUGCACUGUGGUUGUAUAUGUGAACGUGCCUGUGUGUAUGUGUAUGUGUAGCGUCGUAAUCGUGAAACGUAAUUGUGAUAAAUAACUUAUGAAACACCGUCCUGGCAAACAAACCAAAGCAGCUUCCAGUGUAUCGUCAGACUUGCGGAAUCGCGUAAUUUAUUUCAUUUGGCUAAAUCCUAACUUAAUAAAUCGAAGAAAAAGAAAAAAAUCAUUGAGUCCA